GAAAAAAAAAAUUUGAUUUUAUUUUAUUUCCUCCUCUUCUACUUCAUAUUAAACAUGGAACACCAAACUGAAAAGGCUUUCCAAAAGCAACCCGGUAUCUUCCAAAACUCCAAGGACCUCAAGAAGCGUAACCGCCGCUGGUUCAAGGAAGUUGGUAACGGUUUCAAGACCCCCAAGGAAGCCAAGAAUGGUACCUACAUUGAUAAGAAGUGUCCCUUCGUUGGUGAAGUCAACAUCCAAGGUCGUAUCCUUACCGGUGUUGUCGCCUCCACCAAGAUGAAGCGUACUAUCAUUGUUCGUCGUGAUUACCUUCACUACGUUCCCAAGUACAACCGUUACGAAAAGCGCCACACCAACAUUCCCGCUCACAUCUCUCCCGCUUUCGAUAACCAAGCUGUCCAAGUUGGUGAUAUGGUCACCAUUGGUCAAUGCCGUCCUCUCUCCAAGACUGUUCGUUUCAACGUUUUGAAGAUCACCAAGGCCAAGGGUGCUUCCAAGGCUUUCAGCAAGUUCUAAAUUUAAAAAAAGUUUUUUGUGAAUAAAAAGAACUAGCUUUAUAUAUAAAAAAAGAUGUCUUUUGUUUACCGCCUUUUAAGGAGAUGUGAUUGUAAGGUUAGUUUCCUGCAAUGGACUUUUAUCAGAUGUGUCCUCUUUUUUUAAUAUUCAGACCCUUUUUAUUAUUUUCAAUCUACUUUUCUCUCUUUCUUAUAUAUUUGAC